UCUUCUAAUUGUUAGUUGUGAGAAGAAGAGAGGAAAAGUGAGAGAGAGGAAGGAAAACAAGAGGCCAUAGGUUUGCAAUCAGCAAGGAAGAAGAGCAUCAAGGAGACCACAAAUCACAUUGGGGAGGCCAUAGGCUUGCAUUGAGAGCAUCAAGGAGUCCAAAGCAAGACUUCUCAACUCAUUUGAAAGAGCAGCCUUCACGUUUAAAAAACAUUCAUUUUUCACAAUGCCUAAAAAGGAUGAGGCUUGGAAAUAUACUGAAGACUUUAUUGGCAGACAAAAAAAUCAAACAAAAUGUUUUUUUUGUAAAGAAAUUAAUUUUGGUGGCAUCAAUAGAUUUAAAUACCAUAUUGCCGGCAUACCUGGCCAUGAUAUUGAGGUAUGCAAAUUACAAACUCCUGAGGCAAAACGUUUCUGUUAUGUCCAAUUAGAAACACAUGAACAAGAAAAGUUAACUAAGAAGAGGCAAUUGGAAGAGUUAAGUGCUAUUGGCUCCCAUGCACCCACAUCCGCAUCUGCAUCCGCAUCCGCAUCCGCAUCCACAUCCGUAGGCUGUGUUGGAGAGGGUUCUUCCAUGCCUCCCUUUCACCCUAGUGCUUUUGCUAGUGCUAGUGCUUCUGCUAGUGCUAGUGCUUCUACUUCUACUCCUCCUGGUGGCACUAUUACCUUUGGCCCUAGAGUUCGGAAAUCCAGGUUGGAUAGUUAUUUUGUGCCGCGUAGUACUCCUGGGGCACAACCCUCGCUUGAGGGUAUGGGUUGGAACAAGGAGGUUCAUGAUGCUGCAAGAAAACAAAUUUGCAAGUUUUGGUACUUUUGCAACAUUCCAUUUAUUGCAGCCAGGUCUCCUUAUUGGCAAGGCAUGGUAGAUUCCAUAACCAUUUGUGGUGCGGGGUUUAAAGCCCCUACCGAUGCUGAGUUAAGUGGCCCCCUCUUGUUACAAAUGGUUGAGGAUAUGAAAGUUGAGCUAGAGGACCACCGACAGUCUUGGAGCCAAAAGGGUUGCACCAUCAUGACAGAUGGUUGGACGGAUAGGAGGAAUAGAACACUCCUAAAUUUUCUUGUUUCCUGCGGAGGAUCUACCAUGUUCUUGAAAUCUAUUGAUGCUUCCUCACAUGUGAAAAAUGCCACAUACUUAUGUGAGGCUAUUGAGGAAGUCAUACAAGAGGUGGGGGAAGAAAAUGUGGUGCAGGUGGUGACAGAUAAUGCAGCAAGUUAUGUUGCUGCAGGUAAACUUUUGAUGGAGAGGCACCCGAAAAUUUUUUGGUCUCCUUGUGCGGCCCAUUGCCUUGACCUCAUGUUGGAGGAUAUUGGUAAGCUUGAAUGGGUGAAAUCAAUAGUUGAAAGGGCCAAAAAUAUCAGCAUGUUUAUCUACAAUCAUGCAUUGGUCCUUAGCAUUAUGAGGCAAUACAGGGGGCAAAAGGAGUUGGCUCGUCCAGGCAUCACAAGGUUUGCCUCAAACUUCCUCACACUGAAAUCCUUGAUAAAAUCAAAGGCGGCUUUGAGGCGUAUGUUUGUUGGUGAGGAGUGGACUUCCUCAUCCUAUGCUACAACCAAUGCAGGGAUAGAUGUGGUAAAUUGCAUUUUUGAUGAGUCAGGUUUUUGGACCCCCUGUGGAGAAACCGUGCAGGUAAAUUUAUUACAAUUUAACAUUUAGUAUCUACUAUCUAGUAUCUACUAUUUAGUAAUUUAAUUUUAAUUUAUUAACAAUUUAACUUUGCAAUUUUUCUUUUUUUUUAAUUUAAUUUGUGACUUAAUUGUUUUUGUUUAACAUUAUGUGUAGGUCACUGAGGCCCUCGUAGUUCUCCUACGAGUUGUUGAUGGGGAGAAGCCCUCUAUGGGCUAUAUAUAUGAGGGUAUGGAUAGGGCCAAGGAGGCCAUUAGGUCCAUAUAUGCAGGAGAUGAGGAUAAGUAUGGCCCCAUUUGGGAGAUUAUUGAUAGGAGAUGGCAGAACCAGCUUCACAGGCCCAUCCAUGCAGCAGCCUAUUACCUCAAUCCGGCAUUUCGAUUCCGUGAUGACUUCAAGGCAGAUGAGGAGGUUCUUAGUGGCCUGUAUACAGUGGUUCAAAAGUUGUGUACUGAUGGCACAGCCUCAAGAACAACGCUCCAGCUGGAUAAAUAUAAUAAUCGAGAAGGGGCAAUCUUCUCAAGCAGCAUGUGCAUAGAGGCUCGAACACAAUUGCAGCCAGAUAGAUGGUGGCAAAUGUUUGGGCCCUCAACCCCAAACCUUCAAAAAAUUGCCAUCCGUAUUUUGAGCCAGCCAUGCAGCGCUUCUGGAUGUGAGCGCAAUUGGUCAAUGUUCGAGCACAUCCAUUCGAAGAGGCGUAAUAGAUUGUCUGUGGAGAGGUUGAAUGAUCUUGUUUUUGUUCAUUACAACCUCCGUCUUAGGACCAGACAGAUUUUGGACACUGACUCCUCUCCGAUCACUUUAGCGGAGAUCGAUCCAGAGUCUGAGUGGAUCACUGAGUCUACCGAUCCCGUCUUCACUGAGGAGGACCAUGAGUGGGUUGACCAGGCAGACAGAGAGGCUGAGGCUGUGGCUAUGGCAGAGGAGGAGGAUAGAGCACGAUCCGGCACAGGCACCUCACAGGCGGAGACUAUGGCUUCUCAGUCAUCCAGGACCUACCUUAGACGCAUUUGUAGGAGGCAGACAGACUACUCUGAGGCUCAGGAUGAGCUAGAGCCUGAGCCAUAGACUUGUUUUUGUUUACAGUUAUAUAUAUGUUUGGGAACAUUUGAUGUCAUGGAUUUUAUAUACAUUUGACAACAUUUAUAACUCUAUAUAUCUAUGUUUUCUAUUUCCUUCA